CAUCCACGUCUGCACAAGGCGACAGCUAUCCCUGAUUGUUGAAUAGCGGUUAUUGCCUAGCUGCACGCACAGGAGGAGCGCUUUGAGGCUGUCCCGCCUUUCCGCGCGCGGGCCGCCCGCGCUUACAUUCCUCGCCAAUCCAGCUCAGCUUCGACGCCCACGUCCACGCGCCGUCACGACAUCUCGCCAUCAUCGUAAUUUCUCACCGGUCGCAGAGCCUCUGCCUACGAGCACCCUUAAAGGGCGACGUCUCCACCGCAGCCUUUACUUCCCGUCACGACGUCUCUCACCCUGCAUCUCCCGACCGGCAGCCAAUAUGAGUGAUUACGGCGACGACUAUUCGGACUAUGAGGAGGACUGGUUCUACGUGGAGGAGGAAUACAUAGUUGCCGACGAUCUCGCAGAGCACGCUGUGCAGUCCCCGCCGCCCUCGGCAUACCCAGACGAAGACACGCUACCGGACUGGGACCGCUUCGAUUACUUCAACGACCUCGAGUACGCGUCGGACGGCUACGAUAACGCGACCUUCGAAACGCACAAGAAUGGUACAGGUGUCUGGAAGACGGGCACGAAGAGAAAGCGAGGCGUGACUGCGGAUUAUGGCAAGAAGAAGCAGAGGGCAGCCGACGGGCACGGCGUAGUCAAGACAAACCUGCCCAAUCUCACCAACUCACCUGUGGUGUGGCGCUCGCAGACAGAUCGGGGUGCAAAGCCUAAGCUGCUGGAUGACAAUGCGGAGUCGUACGCGCUGCUUAAGGAUUGGAGGGAGAAGCUGGAAGUCGCGCCUCACUGGGGCCAGAAAUCACCACACCCGGCGUCUCCUGCGCAACCGUCUUCUUCCAAGGCCGGCAAAGCGAAGGCCGUCUACAUUUCAGAGCCCAUCUCACCCACAUCUGAGUCGGACGCCGAGGAUGACGACGCUGGUGAGAUCGAUCCCGCGGCGCUCAUGGCAGCGCUACAAAACCGACUAGCUGCUGCUGGUGGUCCGCUCAGUGGAAUGGAUCCGCAACAGCUUCUUCAAUUCGCAAUGCGGAUGGCGACGGAUAAAGACGCUGGAGAUGAUAUUGCCGGGGAGAUGGCAGACGAGAUGCUGAACCAGGGUGAAGAUGACGAGGAGGAAGAGGGUGAAGCUAGUGUUCUCUCAUGGGUCGCUCAGCAGCGGAACGCGAACCAUGGCUCUCUGUUGAACGGCGAAUCCUCAGGAGUAGCACCCACUCCCAAGUCGCCAGAUGUCAGCCGCGGCAGUAGGCCGCCACCCACUCCACCCUCCUCUGAGUCGACUCGGAGUGUUCGUGUUGCAGAUGAGAGCAUGGACGACAUCGAACCGACCGCGAAGAAUGAUGCUGCCUUCAAACACAACGGUUCUCUCAAGGCCCGCGGAGAAGCCUCCCGCAAACGCAAGGCCGAUGACGCAGAAGGGAGCUCGGCGAAUGCGUCCAAGAAGAGGGCUACGAGGUCGUAUGAGGCGCCCACGGCAGCAAGCCAGGCCAAAGCUGCUCCCUCCAAACCAACAAGGAGCGGACGCGUCAACCGAUGAAAAGCUUGCGUCACAGGGCAUCCGCGGUGACAGCUCGCUUAGAGCAUGGGAUUUGGAAUUAUGGAAACGGAUCCAACGAGCAAAAGCUUGUUUCGACCUCGAUCACACGAUGGUCGUUAGGAUCGUCCGGAUUUGUGGACUAGCAGCAGCCGACGUAAGUGUGUCUCAGGCCCCGCAUACCUGGGGCAGCAGCAUCGACUUUGGAAGUCACGGCGUCUUCGGUUGGCACUUCAGGGCGGACAGAUUCUGGCUAUGGCGGCAGCGUCACUGUUUCGCGUUGGUGCAUCCUCACGGCGUCUUGGGCGAAUGGCUUAGGAUAUACCUAACUCAUGGAUGGGUAUCUUAAUUAUGAAUGAAUCGGAUCGAAUCAAA